UGAGCUCUGUUCCAGACGUGUCUGUUAUCAUCAGCAUUUUAACCGCAGGAGGAACAUUUUCAUGAAACAUACGCCCAUGGAGCCAAUGACAUUUGUAACCGUGACAACACUGUGGCCUGAAAACAACAGUGCGUCCCUGCCAACCGGUCCAUCAUCAACUUCUGCAGAAUGGGAGCUUAUCCACACCAUCAUUCCCCCGUACAUCUUCACCUUAUCCCUGUUGGGCCUUCUCUUUAACAGCUUUGUCCUCGGGGUGUUCUUCGUCCACAAGGACCGACUGACCGUAGCAGAGAUCUACCUGAGCAACCUGGCGCUGGCAGACUUUAUUCUCCUGUGCGGCCUCCCCUUCUGGGCAAUGAACAUCAUCAACGAAUUCAACUGGCCGUACGGAGAUGCCUUAUGCAAACUGGUCAACUCCGUCAUCAUCAUUAAUUUCUACACCAGCAUCUACACCCUGGUUAUGAUUAGCAUUGACCGGUAUCUGGCACUCGUGAAAACUAUGAUGGCCAGGUGGCUGAGACGGAGGCUCUAUGCCAAGGUCAUCUGCUUCAUCCUGUGGAUAUUAGCGGUCAUACUGAGCACGCCAGCACUAGUACACAGAAAGGUGAAGUUCAUUGAGGAGUUCGAGACAACAUCCUGCAUCCUGGAUUACAGUCAUAACAGCUCUUGGAAACUGGCCCAUCAGAUCCUCUUAAAUAUAGUUGGCUUUGUUCUCCCUGUUUUGGUUAUUGUUUUCAGCAGUGGAAACAUAAUCAAAGCUUUAGUUCAGAGGAGCGACAGUGUUGCUUUUCAUGACACUCAUGACACAAAAGCCACAGUGUUGGUUUAUGCUGUCACAAUACUAUUCUUACUAUGUUGGGGUCCCUUCCAGAUCUUCACCUUCCUCGACACACUCUGUGAUAUCCAAGCACUGGAUGAAAAGCUGUGGAUCCAAACUCUCGAUAUAGGAGGUCAGGUUUCAGUGUAUUUGGCCUUUCUUAACAGCACACUGAACCCUCUGCUGUAUGUCUACUCAGGGCAGUACUUCAGGAGGAAAGUAAGCGCCAUCUACAGGAGAACUAGACAUCGUCGCAGAGAGUCAGACAUGAUCACAUAUCAACGCUCUGUUGUGUCCACUUAUAUUAACAGAACAGAGCAAAUUAAGACUGUGGUCAUUUUUAAUGCAAAGAACCAAAUGUGA